CUAAACUCCGUCCUACCCGCGGGUUGAGUUCGGCAAACGCUGCAGCGAGGGGAGGGCAGGAGGAGGGAGAGCGGACGCAGGGGGCGGGGAGGGGCGCGGGGCUGCGCGCUCGCCCGCGCUCUCUUUCGUUUUGGUCCGCCGCUGGAGGAGCGUGGACCCCCGCCCCCUGCCCCCGGCUUUGAGGCUUUUUCCCCGGCGCCUCCCCGCCGCCCCCCGGUCCCGGCGCGGGGCUCGGGGAUGCCCGCCAGCAUGUUCAGCAUCGACAACAUUCUGGCCGCCCGGCCGCGCUGCAAGGACUCGGUGCUGCCCGUGGCGCCCAGCGCCGCGGCUCCCGUCGUCUUCCCGGCCCUGCACGGGGACUCGCUCUACGGCGCCGGCGGCGGAGCCUCCUCGGACUAUGGCGCCUUCUAUCCGCGCCCCGUGGCCCCCGGCGGCGCAGGCCUCCCGGCCGCGGUCGGCGGCUCCCGCCUCGGGUACAACAACUACUUCUACGGGCAGCUGCACGUGCAGGCGGCGCCCGUGGGCCCGGCCUGCUGCGGGGCCGUGCCGCCGCUGGGUGCCCAGCAGUGCUCCUGCGUUCCGACGCCCCCAGGCUACGAGGGCCCCGGCUCGGUGCUGGUGUCCCCGGUCCCGCACCAGAUGCUGCCCUACAUGAACGUGGGCACGCUGUCGCGCACCGAGCUGCAACUUCUCAACCAGCUGCACUGUCGGCGGAAGCGGCGCCACCGCACCAUCUUCACCGACGAGCAGCUGGAAGCGCUGGAGAAUCUCUUCCAGGAGACCAAGUACCCAGACGUGGGCACCCGCGAGCAGCUGGCCCGGAAGGUGCACCUCCGCGAGGAGAAAGUGGAGGUCUGGUUUAAAAACCGCCGUGCCAAAUGGAGGCGGCAGAAGCGGUCCUCUUCGGAGGAAUCGGAAAACGCCGAGAAGUGGAACAAGACGUCGUCUAAGGCGUCGCCAGAGAAGAGGGAAGAGGAAGGUAAAAGCGAUUUGGACUCGGACAGCUGACGGCUGCGGGCCGGCUGUGGCUCUUGUCUAACUCGAAGGACUUGCACAGACAGACGAUGCUACUUUCUUGCACACACGCUGCCUUGCGGGAGGGGGUCGAGAAAGAGGAAUGAGGAGCUGUAAAUAGUGUACAGAACUGGGAGGGCCGGCGCCUGGGGUCGGGGGUCGGGCCGGGGCUCACAGCCCCGAAGUCCUAGACCGCUGGCGCCUCACUCCCCACCGUAGUAUUUAUAGUUAAGUUAACGGUGACGAUACAAUAAAGUGAUGGCGAUGUAGACGGGCCACAUUCUGUAUUUCGUACCCACCUCCCCCACCGUCUUCUGAGGCCCAAAAAAGAAAUCUAUUCAGUCUUGUAGCUUCCAAAGAAAAAUGGGGCAGCUCUGACCUGCACCAAGAAAAAAGGAAAAGGAAAAUCCUGGGCGUGAAUUCGUUCCA